AUGGCGGAACGAAAGAGGCUCGUAGUCGUCGGCCUGGGCAUGGUCGGCAUGGCCUUCAUAGAAAAGAUGCUGAAGCUGGAUGCGCGGACAAAUGAGUAUAGCAUCACAAUCAUCGGGGAGGAGCCCUACCUGGCUUACAACCGCGUGGGGUUGACGAGCUUCUUUGACCACCGCAAGAUUGAGAACCUCUACCUCAACCCGGAAGAAUGGUAUCGCGGCGCUCCCCAAGGUUCCCUGGGAUACCACAUCAACACCAAAGUGACGGAUAUUGACUCCCAAGCAAAGACGAUACUUUGCUCCAACGGUGAAGUCGUCCCUUAUGACGUCCUGGUCCUGGCCACCGGCUCAGACGCCGUUCUCCCAAAACACACCCCCGGCCAUGACGCAACGGGUGUUUUCGUCUACCGCACAAUCGACGACCUCAACAAGCUCAUCGCCUUUUCCGGCACAAGAAAAGGCACCGACGGAGCAGUCGUCGGCGGUGGUCUGCUCGGUCUGGAGGCUGCCAAGGCCAUGGUCGAUCUUGAAUGCUUCAACCAAGUCAAGAUCAUUGAGAGGAACCGCUGGGUUCUGAGUCGCCAGAUUGACGAGGAUGCCGGUGCCAUGGUGGUGGACCAAGUGCGGAAUCUCGGCCUCGACAUCAUGCUCAGCAAACGCGUUGGAGAGAUUGAGACCACCGAGGACAACCACGUCAAGGGCGUGCGCUUCGAGGAUGGCGAACGCCUCGACUGUUCGGCCAUUUGCUUCGCUAUUGGUGUACGGCCACGAGAUGAUCUCGCACGCAAGGCGGGCAUCAAGUGUGCCGAUCGCGGCGGCGGCAUCAUUGUCAACGACGACAUGAGCACCAACGUUCCCGACAUCUACGCCAUCGGCGAAUGCGCCAGCUGGAAGGGCAUGGCGUUCGGCUUGAUUGGCCCCGGCGUCGAGAUGGCCGACGUCCUCUCCUUCAACCUCACACAAGCCAAGCUGCACCAGCCGCGGAUAUUCAAGAGGCCAGACCUCAGCACAAAACUCAAGCUGCUCGGUGUCGACGUGGCGAGCUUUGGCGACUACUUUGCCGACACACAAGGGCCGAAGUCCCUGCCCCCAAAAGCGGCAAGAAAGGCGAAAAAGGACGAGCAGAGCACUAUCGAGACGUUAACCAACGGCCUGCCACCGGCCCCGGUCAAGGCGUUGACAUACCGUGACCCAUUCCAGAAUGUGUACAAAAAGUACAUCUUCACGGAAGACGGCAAAUACCUGCUCGGCGGUAUCAUGAUUGGCGACACCAAAGACUACAUCAAGCUGGUGCCGUUAGUCAAGAACAUGAAGGAGCUCGACAUGCCGCCCAGCCAGCUGAUACUAGGCGCCAAGAAGGAGGGCGAAGACGACGGGGACGACCUAACAGACGACACCCAGAUCUGCUCGUGCCACAACGUGACGAAAGGAGACGUCGUCAACUCGGUAAAAGACGGCACCUGCAAGACCCUCGGCGACGUCAAGACCUGCACAAAAGCCGGCACGGGCUGCGGUGGCUGCAUGCCGCUGGUCACCACCAUCUUCAACAAGACGAUGCUGUCCAUGGGCAACGAGGUCAAGAACCACCUCUGUGCCCACUUCAACUACUCCCGCGCCGACCUCUACAACAUCAUCCUCGUCAAGAAGCUCAAGACGUUUGAAGAUGUCAUGAGAGAGGCCGGCAACGACCCUGCGUCCAUGGGCUGCGAAGUCUGCAAGCCCACCUGCGGCAGCAUCUUCUCCUCGCUGUGGAACCGCCACGUCAUGGACACACCGAUGCACGGCCUGCAAGAGACCAACGACCGCUUCCUCGGCAACAUCCAGCGCAACGGCACGUACAGCGUCGUCCCGCGUGUGUCUGCCGGCGAGAUCACCCCCGACAAGCUUAUCGUCAUCGGCCAGGUGGCCAGCAAGUACAACCUGUACACCAAGAUCACCGGCGGGCAGCGCAUCGACAUGUUUGGCGCAAAGAAGCAGGACCUCUUGGAUAUCUGGAAGACGCUCGUCGAGGCCGGCAUGGAGUCGGGCCACGCGUACGCCAAGUCGCUGAGGACCGUCAAGAGCUGUGUAGGGACGACCUGGUGCCGAUACGGCAUUGGUGACAGUGUUGGCAUGGCCGUCCGGUUGGAGGAGCGGUACAAGAGCAUCCGCGCGCCGCACAAGAUCAAGGGCGGCGUCAGCGGCUGCGUCCGCGAGUGUGCCGAAGCCCAGAACAAGGACUUUGGUCUCAUUGCCACCGAAAAGGGCUUCAACAUCUUUGUCGCCGGCAACGGUGGCGCCAAGCCGAAGCACUCGGAGCUGCUCGCAAAAGACGUUCCUCCAUCCGAGGUCAUCCCCAUCAUCGACAGAUACCUCAUGUUUUAUAUCCGCACCGGCGACAAGCUCCAGCGGACCGCCCGCUGGUUGGAGAACCUCCCAGGCGGCAUCAAGUACCUGCAGGAGGUCGUCCUCGAGGACAAGCUGGGCAUCUGCGCCUCUCUCGAAGCUCAGAUGCAGGAGCUCGUCGACAGCUUCUUCGACGAGUGGGCCGAGGCGAUCAAGAAUCCCCACAUCGCCGCCAAGUUCAAGCAGUUCAACAACACCGAGGAGACGCUCGAGAACAUGGAGGUCGAGCUCGACCGCGACCAGCCGCGUCCCGUGUACUGGGCCAAGGACUCGGCCAAGGAAGACUUCAAGGGCCUCAUCAGCAGGUGGAGCAGCAUGGCGUGGCAGCCGAUGCUUCCAGCGAGCCACUUCUUUGGCGCCGACGAGACGCCCAACGGCAUCUCCGCGACCGUCAAGCGGGGAGACACGCAGCUGGCCAUCUGGCGAAUCCGCGGCAGGUACUACGCCACACAGCAAAUGUGCCCGCACAAGCGCGCCUUUGUGCUUUCGGACGGUCUCAUUGGCGAGGACCUCGGGACCGACACGUGCAGCGACGCGAAGAAGCCCGACUCGGGAUGCAGCACCAACGGCGAUGCCAAGCGGUCCGCGCCGUGGGUGUCGUGUCCGUACCACAAACGUAACUUCGACCUGGCCAACGGCGACUGCAAGACGGACGCAGAGCUCAGCAUCGCGACGUUCCCGGUGGAAGAGCGUCCGGAAGGCAUGAUAUACUUGAAGCUGCCGCCCGUCGAGGAGCUUGACGCCGCGCUGGGGACCGCAAAAUGGAUGGUGAAGAAGGGCGAGGCGGGGAGCAGCCCGUUUGAGCAGCUGGAUAAGAAGAUUAACUUCAAGGGCCACCGUGGAAAGAAGCCUGGCGUGAGGCCACUGGGGACGUUGAAGAUGCACAAGGCGGCGCAACUCGCUGUCGGUGGGGGGUGUGGGAGUGCGCCGGAUUGGUGA